AUGAAUCGCCCUCCCCCUCCAUCUCCUCCAGAUAUUUUAACACCUGGCCCCGAUGGAGCUUAUCUAGUCCAUCUGCUCAUCUACAACGGCGCCCCCUUCCACGACCACUGGGCGUACUGGAUCCAAUCGCGUCAAAAUACCGGCAGUGGUGUUCUUGUCCACGCCGCUGGCAAUGUUCGCGUGGGCUUCGAGUUCGAAAUCAAGCGCAGCUAUGGCUGGGACGAGGGCGAGUCCCCGCCCACGAAACGGGUGCCCUUGCAAUGGGUGAGCGGGGAGUAUAUAUCGGAGAAGGCCAUGUUGACUUCUGGGAAUGAGCAAGCCGAUCGUAUUCCUGCUUGCCCGUUUGAAGAGGUCUUGUCUAAGGUGGAGGUUCCGGUGAAGUCGUUGAGGAGCGCCGAUGAUCAGGCGGCUGGUGUUCCCAAGAGGGUAGUCCAGAGAGACUGUCAGACGUGGAUCGUCGAGGCCGCGGAACAACUAGUGAAGGAGCACAUUUUCAGCAGUGAGGUAGCUAGCUAUCUUCGCGCAAUUCAGCAGUGA